AUGUCUUCGAAGAACUCCGCUGACAGAUUCGAGGGAUAUCUUGCUUACAGUAUCAUCCAUUCGCCGUCCUUCACAUUUCUCGUCGGUCCGAAGCAUACCAAAUUAACUAUCCAAUCUGGAUUAGCUCAACAUGUCUCGAAGCCGUUGCACAAUCUCAUGAACAAUGGGCACACCCGAGAGUCCAAGCAUCGAAUAGCAGUUCUCGAGGAGGAGGAUGCUGAGACCUUUGUCGCCUUCUGUGAAUAUGCGUAUACCGGUGAUUAUAAUGUUCCACAGUUGCCCGUCCCGCAAGAGGAAUAUCGCGCGGGUGUGGCAGAUAGUGCGCCCAGUCCUGGAAACUCGUGGAGAGGCACAUAUCGCUCAGACUCUGUAUCAUCGGGAAUUCCUCCCCCAGCUCCGUCGCCACCUCCGGAAUCGAUUGGCAAGUCUAGCCAGACGGCCAAGCUUGACUCCCCCCCGAUGAUCGAGGAGGACAUACCCGCAGAGGCUGCGGCGGAAGUCGAAGCAGAGGCUGCGGUUGAGACACAGGAAGUGAGCAAAGAAGAUGAGAAUUCCGAUGUUCCAACACUCGAGCCUCUAGACCAGCCCCAGAAGCCCGCCGAAUAUCUCAACGAAUCUCCCAAUGCGGAAUAUCCUGGAACAGCUCCCGAACAAGGCUGUGUCGAUGCAGAGGUGACCCCAACUCCGACCGACGAAGACGAUCGUUUGGAAUUACCCGAAGAAUGGUCCAAGCCAAGCAAACUAUCAAAAAAGGACAAAAAGAAGAAGAAGCAGCAACAGCAAAAAUUGGAAGAGGAGCGUCCCGCCAGCUUGACACCACCUUCCACACCUCCUCCCGAGCACCCCUCAAAUGAGGUGCAUCCCGAGCCUGUAGUGGAAACCCCGGCUGGAGCAGAGAAAAUGCUUCCCCGAGAAGAACUAAAGCCAGUACCGGCAGAGGAGCCAUAUGCGGAACAUGAAACUGAGCCUGAGCCUGAAGUUGAACCUAAGAUAGCACUUGAAGAAGCCCCCGAAGAGUGGGAAGAGCCAUCUGCAUACCCCACCGAGGACGCACAGCGACAGGAUGAAUGGGAAGCCGACGAUGCCGAAAAUCAGGGCCGGGUAUACCAAAGCGAGACUAACGAAACGCAAGAAACAACAAAACCUGUGAUCGACAUGUCCUUUGCCAAACAAACCGAUUCAUCGCCUCGUACACCUGGACUGAGCCUGUGGGACGAGUUUGCCGCUCUUCAGUACAACUACAACCGGCCGAGCCCUAGUGCGAAUACUAACGCCGACGUCAGCGAUGCCAGCAGAGCUACCGAGUUACCGUAUCUCACCUUCCACGCGAAAGUCUAUGUCUUCGCCACUCGCUACCUUAUCCCCGCUCUGGCCCAGUUAUGCCUGCGCAAACUGCACCGGGAUCUGGUCCAUCUCUCGUUUGCCGACGAGGAAAUUCUGCGGGACCCAUAUGUGGACAUGCAACAGGAUGUCGGCAGCUUGGCCAUGCAGCAGGAUCUCGGCAGCUUGGCCAUGCGGCAGGCCCCGAUGGUCCUUGACCUGUUACGGUAUGCCUAUACCAGGACAACUCGGCUCGAGCCGAUCAACCCGACAUCAGCGACGCAGCUUCGAGAGAACGAGCUACGACGGCUGGUGGUACACUAUGCGGCGUGCAAGGUGAAAGAGCUUGCGCGAUACCACGCGCCGGGAGAUAGCGAGACGGCGACACCUUCUGUCCGACCGGUGGAUGUGAAAUUGAACCGAACUAACCUUGGGUUUCCGAAGAGUCUGCGGUCCUUGUUAGAUAUGACGCCAGAACUAGCCUCUGACCUGGUGUACCGCAUGAUGUGA